UAAGGAGACAUGUCUUCCGCUCAAGGACUUCUCAAUAGCGUCUUCUCUUGCUCUUCUCCUGCCUCCAAAGCCAUAACCAAACGGAGGCUACGUCAAACCCGGAGCCUGGACCCGGCUAUCAUAAGAGACUGUGACACCGGGACCGACGGGGUAAGCGGCGCGCCGUUUUACGGAGUGUCGGCCGCGGACGCAGGUGCGUCUUCGGAGCGCUUGGCCGCCAAAUCCACUUUACGCACCAGGCUCCCGAAACUUAAGCAGCCCAUAGCACCGUCCUUCUCCUCUCCCUCCAUCCCUCUCGAGGUUUCGCCGUCCUCCAACUUCCACUUCGACUAUGACUUUGUGAAGCGCGCCAAAAGGAAUACCGCCGGGGAUUUACCGUUUCUGGUGAGGGGGCCCGGGGCAACGCCGUCCGGGAGCACCGGCACGCUGUUCUCCCCGCGGAGGUGGCUCCAGAGGAAAGCGCAGCCGUCCAUCUCUCACGCUUACGUCGUGUGGAAAUCAGAGGGUGAUUUCACCUGGAGCAGCCUGUCGGGGCGGAGCGUACGUCUGGCGCCGGUUGCCAUCCAGAGCCUGUCGGAGUUGGAGAGGGCCAGGCUGCAGGAAGUAGCCUACACCCGUUUACACCAGGACUAUGACCUGGGGUGUCAGAUUACCAUGCCAAAAGAUGGACAGAAGAGGAAAAAGUCGCUGAGGAGGAAGUUGGACUCGCUGGCGAAAGAGAAGAGCAAAGACAAAGAAUGCAUCUCUCAAGCCUUCAGCAUAGUGCUCUCCCAGGUCAUCGCCAAUGACAGAACGCACAGGCAGCGUCAGGACGGUUAUCGCCAGGACCCGCCGCAGCGCGAGGAGCACAAAGACUCCUCCGACCUCGUCUCGUCCAUUCUGCAGUUUGCCACCAAGCGGCCCUCGACGAAGGAGUUAUCGAGCAGCAACUCCUCUUUGAGUUCCACAUCGGAGACGGCCAACGAGUCGACGUCGCCCAACACGCCCGAGGCGCCGCCCCGAGCGCGCCGCAGGGGCGCCAUGUCGGUGGACUCCAUCACGGACCUGGACGACAACCAGUCCCGCCUGCUCGAGGCCCUGCAGCUCUCUCUGCCGCUCGAGACGCCGAAUAAGAAUGAGAAGCACCGGGACAAACGGCUGAGCCUCAACCCCAUCUACCGCCAGGUGCCCCGGGUGGUGGACAGCUGCUGUCAGCACAUUGAGAAAUACGGUUUGCAGACAGUGGGGAUCUUUAGAGUGGGAAGCUCCAAGAAGAGAGUCCGACAGCUGCGCGACGAGUUCGACCGCGGCGUCGCCGUCCAGCUGGACGAGGAGUCCAGCGUUCACGACGUGGCCGCUCUGCUGAAGGAGUUCCUCAGGGACAUGCCCGACCCGCUGCUCACCAAGGAGCUCUACACGGCCUUCAUCAACACCACAUUGCUGGAUCCAGAUGAGCAGCAGCACGCCACUCAGCUGCUGGUCGACCUGCUCCCAGCAUGCAACAGCGACACUCUCCACCGCCUCCUGGAGUUUCUGUCCAACGUUGCUGACCACGCCCACGACAGGCAGGACAAACACAGAGAGGAGAUCACGGGGAACAAGAUGACCUCCCUGAACCUCGCCACCAUCUUCGGCCCCAACCUGCUGCACAAGCAGAAGAGCUCGGACAAGGAGUUCAGCGUCCAGAGCUCGGCCCGGGCCGAGGAGAGCACGGCCGUCAUCGCCGUGCUGCAGAGGAUGAUCGCCAGCUCCCAAACCCUCUUCAUGGUGCCUCCUGACCUGCAGAACGAGGUUUUGAUGAAUCUGGUGGAGACGGAUCCAGAUGUGGUCGACUACCUCCUGAGAAGAAAAGCCUCACAGAGUCCCGACCUGCGGCCGUCGGAGGAGCCCUUCUCCCCGAGCGAGCGCCGCUCCUCCAGCGACUCCAACAAGGUGUCCAGCGGCGAGGUGUCCCCUUACGACAACAACUCCCCGGUCAUGAGCGAGCGGCGAGGGGAACCGGGAAGCCCCGGCGGCGGGCCGCUCUUCUGCGUCCCGGAACAGUUCACCCUGGUGGGGCAGGUGGCUCGCUGGGGCGGCGAGCCCGGGGGCGACACCUGGGGCAGCAAAGACGCUAUUUCAGAGGAGCACGCCAACAUUUGGGGCACGUGGCACACCACGCUGAAACCGACCCUCAAGGACUACGCACACACGGGUUCCCAUGGCAACAUGUCAGAGGGAAGCUCCCGCAGCUCGCAGGAAGGACUCGACGGGCUCCAUGGCGACGGCAGGCAGCAGGCGAUGCCCAAACGGACUCAGACGGCCACCGGCGAGUGCAGGGCCCACCCGCCGGUCACCAGGGUGUGCGCCGGCCCACACGCGGAGCCGGCGCCGCCGCCCCCCAACAGCACGCGGGGCCGCCGUCGAGCGUGCGGACACGCGGCGAGCCCGACCCCCCGACCUCACGGCGGGCCGAGCGACGGUGGCCCCGCGGCGCUCAACGACAGCCGCUGCCCGCCCCCUUACGGCGCCCACCAUCGGCUGGCGAGUUCGCAGAGUUCGCCGCCGGCGGCCCCUCCGGAGCCCGGCAGGCCGAGUGACUCGGCGGCGACGACAGAGAGCCAAAUGGCGCCGCAGGGCUCGGAGUGGCGGGACUGGCAGAGGGACCGGUGGCAGAUCUGGCAGCUGCUGUCCUCGGACAACGCCGACGCUCUGCCUGAGACGCUGGUGUGAUCUCAGAGAUUCUGACGGCUUCGAUCAAACACAAGUUCUCCCAGCUCCGCCUAUCAAUCCGUGGCCGGAUGUCAUCCCCUCCACGAACCCUCCUCCGUGCUUCGCCUGCAUCUCGGCGUUGUUGUUGUUUGUGUGCAGCUGCUGCCUUAUACGGACUUGUACAUCCAAGAGCCACGAUAGUAUUUCUUGUUUAAAAUGGAUGUCGCUUUUGUGUUUUUUUUGCCCAUUAUGUUUUUGAUUUGAUGCCCACCAGAAAUACCUCAAAACGAUCCUCUCCCAACACGCCCCUUGUUUUCUAUUCACAGUGACUUCAGUCUUCAUAUCUCAAUGGAGAACAAUAGGAAACCCUUUGUUUCUGUAGUUUGUUAUACUUCCAUAACGGUUCACCGUACAGACAUGGACCCAUUAGUAAUUGCUGUAAGUGUUCGUACCGGUAUUGCAGUUCAGCCACUAAAAAGAUCAAAUGUUGGAUUACUUUACCGUCAGAUUACGUAUUAUGUACAUAUGCCAACGUAUAACGAUAUAUAUGUAAAUUGACGUAUAAAAAUAUACAAAUUGCCAAUCUGCUGAAAGUAAGCCAGCCCUUUAACUGCCAGUCAAAAUGAAUUGUCUUUCAAAUCGAAUGUAGAGUAUUUCACGUAUGGCAAAAAUGCUUCGACCCGAUUAUAAAGCACUUGGCUGUAAGUUUGCUAAAUUUGUGCUCUUGCCAGCUGCCGCCGCACGGCAGGAACAAUGUGCCAAAGUCUCAUGUGACAUUCGCAGUGUGGAAAGUCAGCAUUAUAUAUCUUCAAGAAAGAUUAAGCCCAUGCAAUAAAUAUCUAAAUGUGUUAAACGUCAGCAUGUGCAAACAAAGUGUACAAAUAAGAACCAGUGUUCGGGUCCGAUGUAUGCCAAAUAGGACUUCUGAGAAACCCGGGCUGUUAAAAAUCCUUUCUGAAAGGAGAGGUGAAGAAUUUAGAGAAACCGGUACAAAAUGUUUUUCAUAUCGCAAAGAUUGCACAUAGCAAAAUUCCGUCCAUUUGGUUUCACUGAGACUUAUUUGAAUGUGUCAUUACAUCUGGUUAGAUCAUAACAAAGUAUGAACUACAGUCUGGAACUACAUUUCCCAGGUUCAGUGUAAACACGAACCCGAUACAGCGGCGCGAUAACAGCACGACAUUCACACCGGCGACUCUCCGACUGACCCGCGUUGUUACGCCUCUCACGCUCGACAGGAAGUCCCGCCUGAGCCCGACUAAAACAAAAAGGUUUACGGCUAUUUCUGAGGAAUCGAACUCAAAAAGAUGAAAUGACGCUGCAGUGAUCAAAAGAAGGUUUGCUCACUUAUUUUCUCUCGUUUAAAUUCCAGUAUUUGGGCUAAUUGGAGGAAAAGAAAAAAAAUAAACUUGAACUUUUUUGCAUACGCCUUACAACCCACCAGUCCAAACACUCUCACAUGUCAGUCAAGUGGGUAUUUGCUGGCAAAUAUUUCACAUUUUCUCAACAUUACGGUCCGAUAUUCAAAGCCACGUCAGCAUUAUGUCGAUUUUUCGAUGUCUUCUUUGUCUUUUUGUACCGAGGCCUCCGGCGUGAGAGGCGAGUGCUCGCGGCGCCAUCUAUCGUCAGACCGUGUGCAUGCUGCUGCUGCUUCACACACACUUCACCGUCUCCACGGGAUCCAUCCGAAACAAUUAGCUCGAGAUUAUAUGCACCUUUUUGUUUUCGUGAAAAUCUGUAAACCCUCGUGAGGAAAUACAACUUUCUCUAGGUCUUGCUCUUAAAAGUUGGUUCUCCCCGCGUUGCUCAAGGUUCAUAUUUUUGUAAUUUCUUUGUAUUACUUUGUUUUCUGUUGAGUGUUGUAAUAUAUAAAUACAGUAUAAGCAAUUUUUAUUCAAAGAGUGAAAAAAAGAAGAAAAAAAAGAGAAAAUACCGAAUGGUCCUCGCUUCGUCUCCCCAAAACCAAGACCAUGUGUGUCUUGAUGACCUCACUAUGAAACUAAGAGAAACUUAGCCCCAUGGUGUUCUAUUGUGGAUAUUUUUUUCUCUGGGGUUUACUGGGUCCACGUUGUAAUGGAAUGUCUGGUAAUUGCUUUUGUACCGCGUGUCAUCUUCAAUAUGGUGAAAUUAAAUAUGAUACAGUUGA